CUUCGAAGGUGGACGCCGUGUUCCCCUCGCUGCCCUUACAUUUCUUCAAGAGAGAAAUGGAAGAGGGCUCCGGCUCCCCGGUGUCCCCCGUGGACAGCCUGGGCACCGUGAGCGAGGAGGAACCGGACCAGCGCCGGCCCGGCGGCAAGCGCUGCGCCCGCAAGCGGAGACCCAGCAAGAAGUCCGCCGGCGACGACAGCAGCAGCGGCAGCGGCGGCGGGGGAGGAGGCAGCCCGGCGCCCCUGAAGCGGACCAAGAAGCCCAGCCCGAGCGGACCGGCCAGCGCCGGGGCCCAGUCCUACGAGGAGCUGCAGAACCAGCGGGUGCUCGCCAACGUGCGCGAGCGCCAACGGACGCAGUCGCUCAACGAGGCCUUCGCGUCCUUGCGCAAAAUCAUCCCCACGCUGCCCUCGGACAAGCUGAGCAAGAUCCAGACGCUCAAGCUGGCGUCGCGCUACAUCGACUUCUUGUGUCAGGUGCUGCAGAGCGACGAGAUGCAGGACAACAAGAUGUCCAGCUGCAGCUACGUGGCCCACGAGAGACUCAGCUACGCCUUCUCGGUGUGGAGGAUGGAGGGCGCCUGGUCCAUGUCCGCCUCUCACUGA